AUGGGAUCUCCAUCAAAACCACCAGAUGAUUUAAUCAUGCAUGAUCCAAAAACGUCACCAGAGCAAUCUCAGGAGGAUAAUCAGCCAAAAAGCUUUCGUGAGGCAAUAGCGUCGUCAUCACAAUGGUUUAGGGAGGCUAGGAAAAUAAUUGCAACAUCUCUUGACUGGGAGGACAAAGAGGAGGUGCCACCAGAGGAUAGUCUGGUAGUUAAGUUUGAUAAAUUUACGUUAUCUAAGCUUAGACAACCAUGGAGGAUGAUUUUAAUGGGAAAGUGUAUGGGAAUCCAGGUAAAAGCGAGUUAUAUGGAAACCAGAGUAAAAGCGAUGUGGAGAGUCAAGGGAUUACUUGAGGUAAUUGAUAUUGGAAAGCAAGUUUUCUUGUUCAAAUUUACCCAACCAGAUGAUUAUGAGAGGGCGUUGUUUGGAGGACCAUGGCCAUCUGUUAAUAGUUUUGACUGCAUGUUGGUGUGGAUUCGUAUAGAAGAAUUGCCGGUGGAAUACUAUGAUAAAGAUGCACUGUUCGAGAUUGCUAAACUAGUUGGUAAGCCAAUUAGAGUUGAUUACGCAACGGAUAAGAUCACUAGAGCAAAGUUUGCCAGAGUUUGUGUCGAAACAGAUUUGCUUAAUCCGUUAAUUACGCGGGUUUGGGUAGGGGGACAAUGGCAGCAGAUCGUGUAUGAAAACAUUACGUCUCUUUUCAAGUGUGGAAGAAUAGGGCACGUAACUGAAAUGUGUGAUAUAGUGGGUGAUCACAACAUGGAUAAGGGAUAUAAUCAUGGUGACCCAAAUAAAAAAGAUGGACUGUAA